AUGCGAGGAACUAAGCGGAGCGUCCGCCUUGGAGUCGACAGAGCAGAAGUCUACCUGGACGAAUCUGACUGCAACGUCAACCACGUCACAGGCAAGACAUGGUUGACUGCAGAUAAGAUUCGCUACAGCAAGACUGGACGAGGAGCUCGAUUCCAUCAAGGUUUGGAAUUCCACUUUAAAGAGAAAGCAAUAUAG